CGUCACAGAGUGCGCUGCCUGACAUCAUCACCGUGCGCCGCGGAGUUUAAUGAAAGUUGAGUGAAUGUUGAUACUGUGUGGAUGUAGUUAUGAGUGCCGUUCACCGGGCGUUAAAGACACACUUCGGAUUCGACAAGUUUCGAUCUCAGCAGCAGGAAGAUGCCGUGAAAGCAGUGCUAAAGGGUGACAGGGAUGUGUUUGUCCUCAUGCCCACUGGAGCGGGGAAGUCUCUGUGCUAUCAGCUGCCUGCUCUUCUGGCCAGUGGCAUCACUCUGGUCAUCUCGCCUCUGAUCGCGCUCAUCCAGGAUCAAGUGGAGCACCUGAAAGCUCUGAAUGUUCCUGCACGGUCCAUCAACUCCAAACUCCCCUCGGCUGAGCGGCGUCAGAUCCUGGCGGAUCUGGAGAGCGAGAGUCCUCGGCUCAAGCUGCUCUACAUCACUCCAGAGAUGGUGGCGUCCCCGUCCUUCCAGCCCUGCUUGAGCUCGCUGUGUGCACGGGGUCUGCUGGCGUAUCUGGCUGUGGAUGAGGCUCACUGUGUCUCUCAGUGGGGUCAUGACUUCCGGCCGGACUAUCUGAAGCUCGGGGACCUGCGCUCGCGUCUGCAGGGGGUUCCCUGUGUAGCGCUGACGGCCACAGCACCCAAGAGAGUGCAGGAAGACAUCGAGCGCUCGCUGAAGCUGCGCUCGCCACUUGUCUUUACCACACCUGUUUUCCGUAAAAACUUGAAAUAUGACGUGAUAUUCCGGGAUCUGUUGCCUGAUCCUUAUGUGCACUUACUUGCAUUUGCCAAAGAGGCUCUGGGUGGAAAUACAGCGGAAAAGGGCUGUGGGAUUGUUUACUGUCGCACCAGAGAGAGUUGUGAGGAAGUGGCGCAUAAGCUGACUAAACUAGGAAUUCCAGCCAAGCCCUACCAUGCAGGGCUGAAGGUGGGCGAUCGCACAGAGAGUCAGACUGAUUGGAUGGCCGAUAAAGUGCCUGUUAUUGUGGCCACCAUCAGUUUUGGUAUGGGAGUGGACAAGGCCAAUGUCAGGUUUGUCGUUCACUGGAAUCUGGCGAAGUCUUUGGCCAGUUACUAUCAGGAGUCGGGACGAGCUGGCCGUGACGGACUGCCGUCGUGCUGCAGGAUAUACUACUCACCCAAAGACAGAGACCAGCUCAACUUCCUCAUCCGCAAAGAAAUCUCCCGCAAACAGGAGAAGCGAGGAUCAGAGAAAGAGCAGGAUAAAGCGCCUUUAAUGGACUUUGAGGCAAUGGUUGCUUUUUGUGAACAAGAAGGGUGCAGACAUGCCACCAUCUCACAGUUUUUUGGCAAUCCGAAGCCCAACUGCGCCGGUGCGUGUGACUUCUGCCUUGGCCGGAGAGUGUUGCUUGUUCAGGUGGCGAGAGGAGUUGUGCUCGGUAAGCUGGAGAGGGUAGGUCAUAGUGAGGAGAACCGGCCCGGCACUGCGUUCAACCCUGAACUCUACGCGGGGGGCAGGAAGGGUUACGGCUUCGAGAGAUAUGAUGAGGAGUGGGGCAGUGAGGAAGAUGACUCCGAGAAGAGGAAGAAAGAAUUCGGAGAUCUCUUUAGGAAACAGAUGAGCCUGAGAAGGAUGUCAGAUGUGGCUAAAGAGACGUUUGUUCCUCCAGAUGCUGAUUGCAUGUUGAGGGAUGCCAGCAGUCAGAGAAUCCCCAGACUCACGGUGAAGAGCAGAGAGCACUGCCUGUCUCUCCUGCAGGAGUGUCUGACCAACCACAGGGGGGCAGCAGAGCUCUCACACAGCUCUGACACACUUGAUCAGGCUGUAGAAAUAGAGCACGAGAUCUUCAGAGCCAGUAAAUCAGCAAACCUGUACAAGGCUUCGGUUCUCAAGAGAGUGUCAGAGAUGAAGAAGAGCGCAGCUGCUAGUGUUGCUGAAGAGAAACAGUCUGAAUCGAAUGAAGAGACGGCGACCUGCUCUUCAUCAUGUCAACCUUUAGACGGCUUCACUUUAGCCUCUCAAGUCUACUCACUGAAGAGGAAGCGUGUAGGAGCGGGAUUUCGUGGCUCGUCCAGCCUGUUUCAGACAGCUGGAGAUCUGCUGAAGAACUCUCAGAAGGAGACGCUUGCCACAAACAAAACACCUGGAGACCCAAUCUGUGAGGAAGAGGAGCAGGUGGAAACAGGAAAAACACAGAAGAUGAAAAGCGACUCGUCUCCCAUUAAAGCCAAAACCAGCACGACUUCCCCCCUGAGCAGCCCCAGUAAAAAACUCACUAAGAAACAGCAGAAACUAGCAGAAGCGGCCAAAGACAUGCGCCGCAUAUCACAGUAUUUUGGGAAAAAGCAAGUGGACACCCCUCAGACGAAAGCAGGAAGUGUUAUAUCAGAGCCCGAGGAAGAAGGAUCUCAGAAUCACACUCCUUUACCAAAUCACACCGACUUAAUAACAAAGAAUAGCACGUCUACAGAUGAAGAAAGCGUCACUGCUGUUCUCCUGCAAAAGAGCCCAUCUGCAGAAGAGACGGCCAGCCGAGACGGGACGCCCAUCAACACCGAGAUCACAGCAGAUCGAGCGGUUCACGGAGAGAAUCACGAAUCUGACGCCCAACGAAAAUCACCAAAACAAGUAACACCACAAUUACUCUUUAUCAAAGGGGGCACAUCAUGAGAAACAUUGUAAAGGGACCUCAGGGAAACAUUUA